CCGUCUACCAUUUAGUAGAAAAUAAACUUAUCGGAGGUUGGCAAUGAAAGCCAAUCAUCUACAGACGAGAAUUUUUUAAUGACAUUAAGUUGGGAGGGGAGGGAGGGGCCUUUCUUUUUCACUAUCAAAUAUCAAAUUUCUCAUUUUUUUUCUAUGAAUAAGCUUCCAAAAGAGACCCUAAUACUACUUUUUUCACAACUCGAUGUAGAAGAUAGGCUCGAGUGCAUUCUUGUUUGUAGAAAUUGGUAUACCGUCAUCACCGAGAACAUCCUUUACAAGAAACUCAACUUUAGCAAUAUUGACAGAUUUAACAAGGCUAUUGAUUUGUUUGACGAAAAGCGAUCUUUCGGGUGUUUUGUUAAUGAUUUGACAAUCAAAGGCUGUGAAAUUGAUAUAUUUUCUAUUUUAUCAAUGCCGAAGCUAUUUCCAAAUGUAAAAAAUUUGUCUUGGGAGGAAAACAUACGCUCUGAAAAAGAACUCAUAGCAACAGAUAUUUCAAUCAAGGAUUUUCCACCACCACAUGUGUAUCAUCGAGAAUUUAAAAAAUGGAACCACUUCAAAAGAAUUGUUAUUGGUCUAGAAAGGUUCCCGCUUAUGUCAAUGCUACUUGAAUCGACAUUACUACCUAAUUUAACUUAUCUCUGUAUCGACUUCGAACAAUUGCACAUUGGCGAGAAUUUAUUUAAAGCAACAGUACUGAAGGUUCAUCCGAUUGUCAAGACAAUAAUCAAAAAUUUAAAAAGUGCUCCUUCACUUAAUUUUUUGGAACUUUAUAAUGCUGUGUUAGAUUUGGACGACAUGGAAGAGCUACAUACAUGUUUACCUAUGUUGAAAGCAAUUAAGACGUAUUGUACAUCCAUUUACAGUGAAUCUAUGAAAACGAUGUCAAUCGGCGAGGACGGAAAGUCAAUUCUGGACAGCGAUGGUGUAGUGAUUGCACAAGAGACAGCAAGUACCGUCGAGAAAGUUUCUUUCGAUUUUUAUGCUUCAUAUUCACCAGCAAUUCAUGACAUACAUAAUGGAUUGAAAGAUACAAUGAUAAAAUGGCUGCUUUACAUUGGCUGCAAAUAUAACUCGGCUGAAAUAAUAUUUAAGCAGCGAUACAUAUUCUUGCCUGUGGUCCCUGAAUUUGAAAACCCAAUACUCACCAUCAUCAGCAAAAUGUCAAAUAUCAAGGAAUAUGACUGCUCGCUUUACCCAAUCACAAAGUCAAUCAUGGACGCAAUGGACGCAAAGGAUGAAACAAAAGGAAGACUAGAAUAUUUGCUUCUUUGUACACAUGUGAUAGAAUCGAUUAAAACACAGUUGCAACACGUAGGUGUAUCAAAACAAGCAGAAACUAUAAGUCGCCUGAGCUUGAUGUCAUAUAGUAUGCUGUUGAAAAAUGGUCCGACACUGAAGUCCAUCUUGUCUGGUUUGUCACAAAAUUUUCAGUCUUUAAUCAAUUUGGAGUUAAUAUGUACUAUACAUCCUUGUGCACUGGUUGAAUUGUUUCAAGCUUUACCUGCACUUCGAAUUUUGACUUUGGAUCAUGUUAAUUUUGAUGAAAAUGAAAACGUACCCGUGAUGCCUAUACCAAAGUGUCAAGUCCAGUCUUUAAGUGUCACCAUUCACUGUAAAACCAACUCCACCAUGCUUCAGCUUAACCAAGUUAUGGAGUUCAUAUUACAAUCAUGCACUCUUCUAGCUGAUUUUACGUUAAAUGGGGAUAUACUGUCGUCAAAUAUUGGAAUGCUGAGGCUAUAUUUCUUACAACAUGAAAAACUAAAGAAUAUCACUAUCGAUGUUACAGGCGUUCAAUACUAUAAUUUUCCUUGGAAGGAUGGAAAGCAAGGAAUACAGUGGACUGACUACAAUAAUCAAGUCGAAACAAAUGAUAUUACUGGAAAAAAGUUGCAUAUUGAUAUUGCAUGGAGCUCUAAAAAUGUUGUACUUGACUUGGAAAAAGCCCCCGUAGAAGAAUAGAGAAUUAGUUUAUUGUGUCUAAAUAUUUAAUAAAUUUUUGUUAUGCCAUCUGUGAUACGCAACGAAAC